GUUCAAUAACUGACACUUUGACUGAUUUAAUUGAGUGCAUCUGCACCUCGAAUGAGCUUUUUCUACAGCAGAAAAAUUCCAGCCAAUACAUGUAAGACCUGUGGGACCAUGUCCGCUUCCAAGCUGCUACUGCAAGGCAUCAACCACCUCAAAACCUCAACCCUGACAUACCACCUCCGCCGACCGCCCUUCGUCUCUAUCUUGGGCCACCACCCAUUAACCUUCGCCUGUUAACUACGAAAUUUGCCGCAGUUUUAUUUCUUUGCGCCACCUUCCCUCCACUUGGCCGCUCUCGCAGCACCUCUGCCAGUCGGGCCACCUGGGCCCGUCUUCUUCUUGUACCCUCUCUUCUCACCAUUUCUGGCACCCUUGAACUUCAGGUCUUUUGGCUUUCCGUCCUUGGCACUUGCGCGUUUACCCUCAAAGACAAAGUCUUCUGGUGGUCUAAUGCCACUAGGUUGGCUUUGCGGAGCACCAGCUGACUCCCGACGAGGCCUGUCUUUCCUGUCCUUUCUCUUGUCCCCGCCAUUCAACUUGGCAGCACCGCCUCUACCAAGAAGCUUACCCGCUCUGCCAGCCAAUGUCUUGUCUUCGGGUGUGAUCUUGGGGACAUAGCUGGAGCCCUUCCUGCCCUUGCGAUCUUCCUUUGAUGGGGGACCAGCCUUGCCGUGCUUCGCCUCCAAAGCCCUGGCCGUCUUGUGAAGAGCCUUGCAUCUCGAUACGCGGAGCUCGCGGGGGAGCAUAGGGGGAAACUUCUUUCCUUCCAGCAGAAUGGCCUUCUCGACGUCGUUUCCGUCAUAGAACUGGACAUAAGCAAUGCCCUUGCCGACACGGGUGACGUUGUCUCUGACAACCCGGACGCUUUCGACCUUGCCGGCCUCCUUGCCAAAGACGCGCCACAGCCCCUCCUCGACAUCCAUAGGCUGCUUGGUCCUCUUCUUCUUCGUAGUCGUUUGGUUACCCUCGUCAUCAACCUUGACGUUCAGUACAGUCUCAUCGUCAACGAAACCGAGGUUACCAACAAAAACGCAGCGCUUAUGGUCGACGGGGGCUGGAUGGGCGACACUGUCCACUCUGAGAUGGCGGUCCAACACCACAGUGCCAUUCAAUUUCUGUACUGCAAGACGAACAGCCUGAGGGGUGCUGUAGACAGCAUAGGCAUUGGUGCACUUUGUUGUCGCCUCCAUAACCUCCUUCUUGAUGAACGCCGCACGCUUAGGGAUAGCAGCAGUGGCAAAAGCUGUUGAGCGGAAGCGGAUAGAUUCCACCUUCUGGGGAGGGUCGGCUUUCGGAUCCAAAAUCGAGGCAAGGUGCUUUAAAAGAGUCUUCUUGGCUGUGCGCGAAGUGGUCGCCUCCAAGGAGACGUUGCUGAGGAAUACGGUGCGGUUUGCCUUCUCAAGCUCUGAAGCUGCAUCGUUGGCUGUCAGAGAUUCGUGCUUGGGGACCUCGGCGUCUGAGUCCAAGUCUGAGUCCUUGUCGCCGGUCUUCUCAGUCUUCUCAAUGGCCGCAGCCUUCCCGUUCGCAUCCUUGCGCCGUUUCCCAGAUCGCUCCUCCUCAUCCUCCUCCUGAAGACGCUCAAAGUAUUUGGCCUCAAGAUCUUCGUCAUCAUUCCGUUGUUUCCGCUUUCUCUUACGUCCAUCCUCAUCCUCGGCCUUACUUUUUGCUGCUGCUGAUUCCAAAACCUCUGCGGCCUCGGCCUCGUCAUCCACGCUCAUGCUAUCGCUGGCAUCAUCUUCGUCUUCGUCAUCUUCGUCGUUUUCGGAGUCGUUAUCAUCCUCUUCGCCAGACUCUUCGCUGGCUUCCAUAUCAACAAGAUCUUCAAGGUCGGCACCAUCCUCUAAUUCCGAGAGUUCUUCGUCAUCCUCAUCCUCGUCCUCCUCGUCCUCAUCUUCUUCGUCCGACUCUUCAGGGGCGUCAUCUGAUUUCGGGGGUGGCAAUUCGGAAUAGCGAGACUUCGGGGGCGCUUGAACUGGGCCAGCCUAGAAUAUGGUCAGCAACUGAUUCAACGAAGCGAAGGUAUGUAAUUGACACUAACACUGGUGGAAAACAAAGAGUCAAGGGCUGGGUCGACAGCCUUCGAAGGCGCUGAGAGAGAUUUGCUGUAGACAACCAAGUUAGCAAACUUGACUCUUCAAUUGCAGGUUCAAUGGCCUGUUGCCCACCUUUUCGCCAUGGUGUUGAUGUGGUUGAGCUUCGAGCCCACAAUGCGCAAGCGACAAAGAUAUCGAUGUUGUCGAGAAAAUAAAGCGCAAAGGGUAUUAGAAAGCUACAAUGAGCUUCUUUCUCGAAGUAGCGAGCGAAAGACUCUUGUUUCGGUGUUCAAGCAGCUUUCCUCCAAAUUUUUGGGAGAAAUCGACAAACGGCCUCUUGCUUGGACCCCGGCGCAGAGCAAAAGUGGGGACCGCAUCCAGGAAAAUUCGCUUAUCGGAGCUUAUCGAUACUGCCGCUCUACGCCGCCUCGUCAUCCGCUGGAAAUCGGGCAGGCGGGCAGGCAAAGGAAGCAGCGGGCCCCAUCCGCCCAUUUGUGUUCCCUCCCAGUGCUUCUGGGUGCCGCAUUCCCAGCUUCUGGUCAAUAGCCACCACCGAGCACCACACAUCUGCCCACACAGCACACCACCGCCUAUAUUUUGCAAUCUGAACACAGAUACCUGCGUGCUCGCUUGCCCUGUAUUCAGCGGCACUCUUUUUAUAUCCACAUCUCGUUCUCACCACCUCUACUCAUCGCGCAACCCCGUUCUGGCGUCGAGCUGCCCGCUCGUGAAGCCGCCAGUCAAUUUUGCGCGGUCGUCUCCUUCUGGCCACCUACAACGCCGACCACCAACAUCGCAACACCCCUCGGUUGCCUUUUAUCAGAAUCGCAUGGUUUGCAAUGGCCACCGGUGACACCGUUUUGCCUUUGGCAGUGUCGAGCCCUCCUCCACACCUGCUGGACAACAGCCCCAGCAACCUCUCGAGUCCUUUGAGCGAGGUCGAGGACAAGUACGGCGACCAUGACGAGCCGGAUCUUGAAAUGAAAGAUGACGAAAGCAAUGCACAGAGCACACCCAAAAGAAACGGAGCUCAUGGCGUACCGGAAUCCGAUCUCGCUUCAGAGCCAGACGAGGACAGCAAACUGUCCGAGGUGGACGUCAAUGACUCCGAAGCAGAAACCGAAAGAUUAUUCGAUACACCUCCAAAGAACGGCGCGACACGCGACAUUGUGAACGCCGCCGAUGGUGCGGGAACCCGACGAUUCACCGAUCGGCGCGAGCGGGUCUUUGAGCGAAGCCCCAGCAAGCUCCAACAGCAGCUCCAAGCCGACAUAGACGCUGAAGAUACUCCCACCGCGAACAAUAGUUCCGAGGAUGAGGAGGCAGAAGACGACGGCGACGUGUCAAUGGCAUCGAGUGAUCGCGAGGACGAGCCCACAAAGAGACCAUCACGACAGCUGCCACCACUGUCGCCUACACAAGCCAAAAAGAACCAAAUAAUCACAUUUACCAAACAACCGGUAUCACAAGCCAACAGCGAUGAUUCGAGCGAGUCUAAGAAACGAAAGCGAUCCUCGGUUGUCGAGCUACCAGAAGCCGAGCAGCCUCCCAAGAAGCGAGCUGCCUCGAUUGACCCCGCCGACCGCGAGUUCUCCGCCGGUGACGUCCCGAUGGUUGACGAUGAUGUGCUAUCGACGGCUCCGCAAAGCGGGGAACAUACCGCCGAGGAGGAUAACAUUGAGGAAUCGGUCGUCCCCGAGGAGGUCAAAAAUACACCCGUGGAGUCUGUUGAAGAGGCCGUUGCGACGUCAACUAGAGGCAAAAAAGGGAAACGCAGUCCCGUAAAACGACGAAAGAGCAAAAGUCCUGAAGCCGGCACACCUUUGGAAGCUCCAGAUGAGCCACCCGAAGAUGCCGACGUUCCCAGCGGUGUGCCGACGCCUCAGCCAGAGGAUCGCACGGCCGACGAAAUCGACGAAGAGGCCGAGGCAGCACACAGAAACGAAGAAGAGUUGGAGCGCAAAAAGGCAGCCUGGGAAGAGCUUGCCGCCAUUGAGAAGCAAUUCUCUAACUUUCGGGAGCGUCUAUACCAGGAACGCUUAGACCAGCUUAACCGCGAGGAAGAGAUGCUGCUGAGUGACACUCCUACACAUCACGAACUCCUCGCAAUGCUACAAUGUCUCGAAGAGCGCCGAGCGGAAACAAUACGGAAGAGCAACCUCGAAUUGCAGUUCAAAAUGUCUGUACUCAACCAUCGAGCGGUCGCGGAGCGGGCACAAAUCAUGUCGCAGUUCUAUCAGUCUGUGCGGGCCGAAAGAGAAAAGACAAUUGAGGGUCUUGGCCAAGACUGGUACGACAUUCAACAAGAAAGAAGACGGUUGACAAGUGUCAUUCCGGAAUACGGCCUGGGGUUCCCAGCAACAAAGGCCCAGGCCGUCAGACAAGCCGUGUCUUACACAAGAGAGGUGUCGAUACUUUCUGGGUUUGCGAAACAUGUCGGCUUUCCGGCUGCGCCCACGAUAUCAGGGGUCACAGAAGAACAGCUGGAGGACGAUCUGGAAGCUAUUGCAAGCGCUCGUGAGCCGGUACCUAGACCGAUCGUCAACCCUCCUCCGACAUUCCCUCAGGACCUGACGGCAGGAUUUGGGCCUUCGCUUGGCCUUGCAGGAGAGCAGUUUAUUGAGCAAACACCUUGGCUCAACCCUCGGCACCCAGCACAUCGACAACAGCAACCGCACCGACGAGAACAAAACCUACAGCACGUUUUUGCGCCCGGGCCAGUGCAAGGAUCAACACCCAAAAGCCACUCGCAACAGCCCGGUGGUCUCUUUUCUUCUAGUACCUCGAUGAUACCGAACGGUGACUCGCCAGCACAGCUGCACAAAAACCACUCACCAAGCACUGUCGAAGCCAUCAAAAGGACAAAACUCGGCCCUGAGCCAUUCCGGCGCGACCCAGCGAUACAGGCGUCCUAAUCUUUUCUAUGUUUUUUUUUAUACCGGUCUUGCUUUUUUCCUCUCAAAGAUUAGCGGAUGUAGGGACCAGGCGGAGUUUUUGAUUGGAAUUAUCUUGGGCAUAUAAUGCAGGGUUGUAUGAAGUUUUGACAUAUGGGGCAUGCUUUGAUGUGCGGCGUUGAAAGGCAGAGGGGUUUUGGAAGAGGGUGGUUGACUAUUGAGGGUGGUAACAUACGCCACCUACAUGAUAUAGCGAGGAGAAAUCAGGGGUAGCUGCUCGCGUGUCAUGUUACUAGAGGAGGGAUGUUGUAUGAUUUGAAAAGCUCUGUUGUCACACUUUUCUUGGUGCUAGCUCGCAUCCAGCGGGCAGAGUUGGGUUACGACCAGCCUGCUAUGCUGGCCUGCUUUACUCUGUAUGCACUAUUUUUGGCAGAUGCCAGGCGUCUUGGGAAGAUUAUACCAAUGAGUUUCGGCACAUGGUGUGCGAGGAGGUGUAUAUGUUGGAACGUAUAGGAGAGCGGUCGUGGUGUAAUGCAAGUAUGAUGUCUUCUCCUUUCCAAAAAAUAAACAUGUUGUGGUAUUGAUUUGCCCAAAACGCCA